AUGGCGAAAAUUUACAAGGAGACAAAGGUCGAUGUGCGACCUAUCGAAGCAAACGCCAUCGUCGACAUUGAAAUCCCUACAGCAGAAAACGCGCAGCAGCGAGUCAGAAUAUCACUGUCUUCGGGGACAGCGCGAGAUGAAAAUACACCCAUAAAGGACGAUGAGGAUUUCGCCAGGAGAUAUCUAGCUACUCAAGGCUCUGUCUAUUUUCGCCAGCGAAAGAUUUACCCGCGCACUUUCUUAUGGAGGGUCGUCAACGACAGUACCGUACUGGAGAUUCAAUCGACGGAUGUGUCAAAGAGUAUCGUGGAUAGACAUGAGGCGAACCUCACGCUUCGCCUAGAUUUUCAAGAGGCCAUCAUACCAUGUGGAGUUGCGCUGGCCGAUGCCGAAGACCACGAAGCCCUCAAUGUUUUUGUUCUCACAACCUCGAGACGUCUUCACACAAUAACGCUCCGACCAGAAUUUUUCCGACGUGUUUCAUCGAUAGACGAGAAUAUUCAAGAUUGGUGCAAAUCUUUCAUACCGUCUCCUCUGACUUUUACGAAUCCUCAUCGCUUGCAUGCGUGCAGCACGACUCAAUUGUUCAUUGCACUAGAUAGCGGUGCGCUUCUUCGACUGACUAGACGGGCGGGUGAUGAUGGAUCGCAUUGGUCGCAAAUCACUUUCGACGAAAAAACUUGGGGAGCAUCACUUCGUGGUUACGUGCCAUGGUCGGGUUUGCAACGUGUAGCGUACGAUGGUCGCAGUCUCGAUCCCAUGACCCCGAACGAUAUCGCUACAACGUCGGAUCAGACCUACGUCUUUGCAGUCUGCUUGAAUCAUACAUUGAAGGUCUGGAACCUUGCGACCAACAAGUUGGUGGGCACAAAAGACCUCCUUGAUCAGCCAUUAUCAAAGCAACAACCAGAGUCGACGGCAUACUUCUUGAACCCAGCAGAUUCUGUCUUUUUGCGAGUCUUCAACGCCGAGCGGGCACUAGACGGAGGAUAUCGUUACUAUGUUGCGACAUAUACCCCUCAUGAGAUGGGACAGUUCAAAUUCUGGGCAGUAAAGGGCGGCCUGACUACGCCAUUGACCAUCGAAGAUCUAUUUCCGCAAGCUGUUUUCAGACCGUUGGAUCCCGACUCCACAGGCAACAUGUUUUGGACUGUUGCAGACUUUCAGAUACGGCCAAUGGAAGAAGGAACGCGAAUGGAGCUAUGGGUACUUUGGCGGAACAAUGGUCUAUACCAACUCUACACUUUACACUUUAAUUUUGAGAGCCUCGAGCAAGAUUGGUCUUCAAACUGGGUAUCGACCGCUUGGGACUCUCGUCGAAAUGAACCAGCUCCUGCUCUGGUUGUCUCAGACGUUGUCGACCCGACAGAGAAAUGGGUCGAGUAUUUUUUCCAUCCCGGACGUUACACUGUGGAAACCUUGGAGACUGCCCUUGUUGCUUACCAAGAAGCCCUCAAGCCACGAGCAUCAGCUACUUUCCUCAAACGGAGUGUACCCUUGCAAGAACGGUUGUGCUCUACUAUAACUGCAUCCGUUUCUCUCAGAAAAUAUGCGGAAGACGACAUGGACUAUGCCAAAUAUCGAACAGAUACCGACCACAAAUGGCGACAGUUCUGGCAGGUUGUCGAAGAAGUUCACAACAGAAGACUUGAGCCGAUAUCUUUGGCAUAUGAUACUUACAGCGAUAUGCCUUGGGUGGUCACUACGGACGCAUGUGCAUUGAUUCGGGAAUGCAGUGCGACGGAGUUGCUGCAGCAUAACUCGGUACUGGAUCUUGAGAAUGAGCUGCCUAUUGUUGCUGAUCGUUGGCGACAUCGUAAACUCGAGACCGAAGUCGGCAACCGAUACACUGAUGCAUGUCAUCUCAUCAAGGUCGCUGCCGACUUCAGAGCGCGCCUCCCUGCUGCAGCAUUGCAUACUUUUGAGGAAGCUCUUCACAGCGAACUUUUCCUAGAGCCUCUACUUUCAGCCUCGGAGCGGUUAGCAAGCUUCAUUGACCUGUCAGAGCUGUCAGAGCAUGUCUCAGACGACAUGUAUGAUGGUCUUUGCGCCGCCAUGAAUAAGCAGAUCAAUAUCUACCAACUACCCAAAGAACCUUUCCACAUCAUUCUCGAUACGCUUUUUAUGAGAUUCGUUCAGAAAGACUCCGAGUUAUCAUUUACUGCAUUUGGAGCGAAAGUCCUGACGAAUGGCUCUCAAGAAACGAUAUCUAAUAUACGCUGCUUGUUGCAUGAUCUCCUCAUUCUGGUCGUGUUUGUCGAAGGCGAGAUUAGCCAAGAACAGGGAUCGUCAUUUGAUGCAACAGAAUUGUUUACACUACUUAUUCAUCUCAUCAAGGAGUGCGAAUUGCUAUACUGGUUGAGCUCUCAUACCCGAGUCUUACCUAGCCGCAACCAGCACGAAUCCGCCGACGAGCGUGUACAGUCAAAGAAUAUUGGUACAGUGAGUUCGGUUCUCACUGACCUUUUCGUAUCCAACAUCAGACCGCGCCCGCACGUCAACCUCCCUCAGAGCUUUACACUGACAAAGAGCAUAUCGGAUGUUCUGUCUUGGGUUGUACACUCAGGAGAUGUCACUUUUGAAUAUGCCUUGGUGCAUAUUCAAUGCGAUUUGAUAGCAAACGGCAACCUCGAAUUGGCCAGUGACUUUUUGAAAUUUCAACCUAGCAAUGCCUGGUCUAGCUAUAUCAAGGGCCGGCUGUUCGUGGCCAAGGCAGAAUUCAAUACAGCAGCAAUUCAUUUCCAAAGGGCUGCAUAUCAACUUGCUUCUGGACGGCCUCUUGGGGAUUUGAGUGACAUGUCAUCUGGCCUACUCGACCUGCUUGCUGCGGAUAAGUUCAAUAAUGGUCUCCCGAAAUAUUACCAACACAUAUUGAGCCUGUUCGAAAAGGCCGGCUCUUUCUCACAUGUUGCAGACUUUGCGUCUUUGUCAUUACAGGCACUGGAGUCUGAUCCUCGCAAAGAAACAGACGGCCCAGGAUAUCAAGAUCUCCGGACUGAUGUACUGUCUCGCUUAUUCCAUGCUUCUUUACGAACAUGUCAGUUUGACAAGGCUUACUCGGCUCUUUCCCGCUACACAAACAUUCCGUUGCAAAAGUCUGCGCUCGGUCUAUUGAUCAAGGCUAUUCUGUCAGCGUACGGGUCUGGAACGUCCGGUCUGGAACAGCUGCUUCAUUUUCCGCUAUGGCUUACACCUCAUCUUUCAUCAUAUGUGGAUGAGUCACUUUUGUCUCUUGCUCGCAAGCAGACCUCCUUUAGUUCGUCUCUCGAGGGUGAUGCGUGGGAAAGCAAUUAUACUCCAGAUUAUCACCGGAUUUUACACGCCUAUCGUAUUGCGCGCAAUGAUCUACGUGGUGCAGCUGAACUGGGAUAUCAAACCGUGCAACGACUACGACAUGCUAGAGACUCCCCAAUUGCACAGCGGGCGCUUAUACGGCGUGGCAAGGUGGAUGAAGAGGAGUCCAAGCACAUGGUAGAAGAAGACGAUCUUGAGAGCAAGGAAAUUCGACAUGAACUCCUAUCUCUGAUCAAUCUUUUGGCCUGCGUCGACAAGUCGGAGGCCUAUAUUUUGGUUGACCUUGAUGCUGUCAUUCCUGUAACUGCGCCUGCGGUUGGCGAAGCGGAGACACCUGGGAAACGACAUGCCGAUGACGAUGUGUUUAUGGAUGAUGGCACACCAUCAAAAGGUCUCUCUGGAAGUUUUAGUCAGCGACGCCGAAGCAGCGGUGCCGUCUCAAUAGACAGCGCUAGCCUGGGGUUUACCAACACCAACACCAAUGCCAAUAACAAUAAUAACAAACACAAACCCAGUCCACGGCGCGUCAUUGUCACUCUUGAGCAACUGCGACGUGAAUAUCAAUCGGAACUUGACCGCGUGAGUCGAAUUCAGCGCGGUGACUGGGAGUUUGGGGUUGACGGACACGAAGGGAUUGAAGAGACGGCUAUGGAUGAAUCUCUACUGGACUUUUAG